UAUGGCUUCAAAGUCAGCGAAUAGAAGCAAUCUGGAUGCUUUAGCCGGAGCAAAGUUGAAAAGCGCAUUAUCAAAGAGUCAAAAUCGAACUCCGAAAGAAGUUCAAACAAUGCAGAGUGUUGCUAAUAAACUUGGUGCUUUAUGGAAGAGAAGGAACUUUCGGAGAAGAGAGGCUAUGUAUAGAAGAAAGCCAUGGCGAAAAGGAUUAACACCACUCCUUCGAUUUAGGCUGGCUGCAAAGGCAAUUUCCCUAGUUCUAAAUGUUUGUAAAGUUUGUCGAGACAUGCAAUCUGCCUGGGUUACUUCCCAACCUUGGUAUCAGCAGGUCGAGGACGUAUUGUCUGAUUCUCAUUCAACGGUUACAAGACCGCGACCUUUUACUGCCAUAAUAAUAAAUGAUAGUCAAAAAAUUGAGAAGAUCUCUUUUGAUCAAAGUGAAUAUUCAAGGGAAUUUAAAGCCGAACAUCUUCUAACUGAUGAUAUCCGACAAAUUCUUCGUAUGAAGUCGUGUGAAAGGAACAGCGAUCAAAUAAACGAUGUUUUAAUCUGCUUAAGGCAAAUUUGUGAACAAUUCAACGGAUUUUCAUUGGAAAUGCAAAAGGAUAUGUGCAAAGUUAUGACUUAUGAUCUUUAUAACCCAAAUAGAGUAAUAAUUCGUAAGAAUCUAAUGUCUGAUGGAAUAUAUAUAUUGUUGUCGGGAACAUUGGUUGAAAAGUCUGAUGAAAAGAGACAACUACAAGAUAUCAGACCUGGCAGAUUAAUUGGUGAAGAAGAUUUAGUAUGUGGAUCGAGUAGAAAAUCUACCGUUUUAACAAAGACCAAAUGUGAAAUAUUAUCGCUUCAUAGUCAAGACUACAGAGCUAUUUUUAAUAUGGCCGAAGAUUCUAGCGACUAUAGACACUUGGAAGUGUGUAAGCAUGACGUCCUCUUUCAAAACUUUCCCAUUGAGAAAUUAGAAGAGAACCCUGGUGUUUGGACAGUCUUAUCUUAUAAAUUCGGUCGUCUUAUAUCGAAAGAUUGCAACGAAACUGAAUGGAUUUACGUUAUAAAAUCGGGAGAGGCCAAAGUAUUAAAACGAAUGGAAACUCAAUACGUCCAAGUUGAUGAGAGGAAAAGUUUGUUAGAAGCUAGAAGAGAAACGGAAACGCAUAAAGAUUAUAAGAAGCGCUUAUUUCAAUUUACUUAUAAUCCUCCAGUCUCAAGACAAAGCAAUAGAUAUAGUGUUUCCUCAGCUAAAUCAACUUCUCUUGUUCGGAUGGACGAGUCAGAUGAACGGACUACUAAUUGGAUAAGGCAAUCAAGGGCCUUAUCAGCACCAACGGUUGCUCCAAGAAGGUCGAAAAGUGCUAAUCUUAAAAAAUUGACCAGAGCUUAUAAGGUUAAAGAAGAUAAUUCUCUGAGACCAAAGACUGCUCACCCCUGUUCAAAUGCCAAAACAGAGGAAUUAAAUAGGUUUGAACAGAAAUUACGUAGACCGAAGAGUACAGUUUCUUUCUUAGAAACUGCAAAGGAGACAAUAAAAAAGAAAGAUACUAGAAUGUAUAAAGUUCCAUCCUAUGUCAAACUGGAUUCCUUAACAACCGGAAGAGUUUUCGGACUUCGUUCAUUAUUACCGGAAGAAGAGAGAGGAGCCAGCGUUAGCCUUGUGAGUGGCGGCUGCGUUAUAUUACAAAUUAGUAAAAAAUUUCUCUCGAAGUUUAUGAACGACUCUUUAAUAGGUUUAAUUAGAAUGCACCACAAACCCUAUCCAACUGAAGAAAAUUUAUUAUGCAGCUUAGAUACGAAAAUUGAAUGGGAAGAUUAUAAAGAAAAAAUUAUGAAGAAGGCACUCUGUCUUAAAGAGUUAGAUCGGACUAAGCAAAUAUACUAA